CGAAGCUCACUGCUACUCUCAUGGCGCUGGCGCCAAUUCACCCCCUUCCUUCUGAAUCCAACCUCCUCCUCGCCAGAAUUUCCCGGCAACUCAGAAUCUCUCUCCGUCACCGUGGUCGUCGACGGUCAUCGCCGGCAAUUGCGAUUGAAAGUGUGAAUCUCGAUCAUCGCAGGUAAGUUUCUGCAAUGGAUCGGACGAGGCAUGUAUAUGCACCGCAAAAGAGCGUUCAUAACGCGCCAGGUAGUGGCGCUCCUCCUUCUCCGGGGGAACUUCCUGCUCGCGGCCAUGUGCGUUCAGGCUCAGCCGGCGUUUCCAAUGCGAGGAGACCUCAGACCACAAUAGCUGCCGCUCAGAGGCUUGCUCAGGUGAUGUCACAUCAGGCAACUGAUGACGACGAUGAGGAUGAGGACGACCUUUUGUAUGACUUCUCUCCUGCCAAUUCAUCCGCUGGACUUGGGCUUGCUGGCGAAAGGACUGCCAGAAGCCGUUCCCCCAUGGCAGCUCGUACAUCAAUGGAAAACCAUGCAUCUGCUCGCUCAGUGAUAAGGAUGAGGCCCUCUCCAUCUGUUGGCUCUUUGGAACAACAAUCUUCAGGGGAUCACUCAACACUAGCCACUCGAUCUUCUUUGCCAAGUCCACUAGAGAAACCUUCUUCUGAUCGUUCAGCAUCAAUUACAAGAUCAUAUCAUAUGCGUUCACCGGAGCAACCUCCAUCAGCUCAUUCAACAUCAGCUGCUCGAUCAACAUUAGGUUCAAUACAACAACCUCCUCCAGUCCGACCAAUCUCAGUACGAUCUUCUCAGUUGAGCUCUUCUGACCAACCACUUUCUGCUCGUUCUUUUCUAGCCAGUUCCUCAUCCAUGUCCACUAAUGCUGUGGAACAUGUACAACCCCCAUCUGCUCGCUCAGCAGCUGGUCGCUCAUCUCAUCCAAUGGUGAUGGAUCAACCUCCAUCUGCUCGCUCUACCUCAGCUGCACGUCUUAAUUUAGGUCCCAAGACCAUUUCUAUAUUGCCCUCUAGUGUGCCUAUAUCACUUCGGACAGCUGUUCAAGCAACUUCCUCCGAGCUCCAGUCUGAAGAUCCCAUGGAUAAUAAAAGGUCAACCACAGAUCUUGGAACUUCUAAAUAUAAAGAAACUGUCAUCCAACAUUCUUCUUCAGAUCUACAAGAUGAGGUUGACAUGCUUCAAGAGGAAAAUGAAAGUUUGCUUGAAAAGAUUCGACUUGCAGAGGAACGUUCUGAGGAAGCAGAAGCUCGGGCUAGGCUGCUUGAGAAGCAGAUUGCAAAUCUGGGGGAAGGUGUAUCACUGGAGGCUCGUCUUUUAGCCAGGAAAGAAGCCGCUCUGCAACAGAGGGAGGCUGCAUUAAAAGCUGCAUCACAAAAUCAUGGUGAAAAAGGUGUCGACUCUGCAGCUCUUCGGGCAGAGGCUGGGAUUGCAAGAGAUGAAGCAAAUUCGGCUACGGAGCAGCUUCAUGAGUUUGAAUGUGAGGUUAAGUCAAUCCGUACAAUGUCCCACUCCCAUAGAAUGAUACUCUCACAGGAGGAGAUGGAAGAAGUUAUUCUUAAGAGAUGCUGGCUUGCUCGAUACUGGGGCUUGUGUGUUCAUCAUGGUAUUCAUGCUGAUAUUGCUGAAUCAAAGCAUGAAUACUGGUCCUCAUUUUCCCAUUCACCAAAUGAAGUUGUGUUAGAAGCAGGACAGAGGGCAAAGACUGAAAACUCAUUAGUUUACAGUGAUAUGGAGGAAGGGGAAGAAGUUCAAAGAGGUGUUGAAAUUUUAUCAGAUGGAAAUGUUGAGAGCAUGAUAUUAGUAGAAAAAGGCCUGCUAGAACAGACGUCUCUUAAGGUGGCAGAAGCAAUAGCUCUUGCUAUGGCCCAACAACGGCGAUCAGGCGGCCCAAGAUCUAGUGCAACAGAUGAUUUAAAGGUUCCAAUUGAAGGCCAGAAUUUUGCAGAUGCAUUUGAAUUGAGUCAAGAAGAGGCUGAAGAUGUACGUUUUAAGCAGGCCUGGCUAAUAUACUUUUGGAGAAGAGCAAAGAAUCAUGGGUUGGAACCAGAUAUUGCAGACGAGCGGCUGGAGUUCUGGAUCAACAUUGGCACCACUCAUCCUAUCAACUCUCACGACGCAGUUAAUGUUGAGCGUGGACUAAUGGAGCUCAAAAAGCUGGGGAUAGAAGCUCAAUUAUUUGAAGCCACUCGCACCACUUGUAGAUCAAGGAAUCACCCACAGCCUGCAACUUAAUAAAUACUCCCUCCGUCCGCGAAUGUUCUUCCCGUGUUGACUUGGCACGCUUAUUAAGUACGGAGUAGUAAAAAAGUAUCAAAUUU